UUGCGUGAUAUGGAAGGUCUCGGGGCCACAUAAAUACUGUCCCAUGCAUUAAACCUGAGAUAAACGGAGAAGGGAGAAAUGCGCACAGCCCGUUCUUUGAAGUUCUCCCUGUAAAACGAGCGGAUUGCACUUCCACCUCUUUCCGAUGUCAUAAAGAGGCGGAAGAAGCUAGCCAGCCCGCCUCCGCUCCCCAGGCAACAAGCUAACAAGUUAGCGCCAUGCCAAAGAAACGUUGCUGCACCACAGAUGGAUGCAAGGAGACUCGUGUUUCACUGCACACUCUUCCAAAAGAACCACACGUUGCAGACCAGUGGCUGAUGUCAAUUUUUCCGCAGGUCCCGCAGGAUUUAGUCCAAAUUUGCUGACUGUUUUAUCAACCUGACACAAUACAAUGCCGGUUUCGCCAAGAAACUAUUGGAAAUGGACACUGCUGUCCCCACACCGUCUGGACCAACAUCAACUCCGCCACCGAGUAUCAAGGAUGAAAAAGACAGGGCAAAUAACUUUGCUACUUACUGGAGUCUUUUUCUUGGUCUUCCACCUCCAGAAAGAUGAAUGUCCUACCCGUUUGAACCAACGCCUCCAGGCAUAUGCGUUGAAGAAUGACGUUCAAAAGAGGUCACCCACCACAAGGAACACAAGUAAUGGUUUCUCCUGGCACACUUGUCGCCAUAAUGAGUCGGCAGCCAACAUCAAAGACUUCACCUCACUUCCUGUCCACAUACAAGACUUUCUCUACCAUCGUCACUGUCGCCACUUCCCCAUGCUGUUGGAUGUUCCUGAUAAAUGCGGAGGAGCUGAUGGAUCUGCAGAAGUCUUCCUUUUGCUAGUCAUUAAAAGUUCCCCCGAGAACUACGUCCGGCGAGAGGUCCUGCGCAAAACCUGGGCCAGUGAGAGAUUACACAAGGGUGUGUGGAUCAGGAGGAUCUUCAUCUCAGGGGUGGCACAAGCUGGAUAUGAAAAAAAGAGACUGAACAAGCUCCUGGAACUGGAGCACCGUGAGCACAAUGACAUUCUUCAAUGGGACUUUAAAGACUCCUUCUUCAACCUCACCUUGAAGCAGAUACUCUUCCUGGAGUGGAUGGAGAGGAACUGUCCACAGGCUCACUUCCUCCUGAACGGUGAUGACGAUGUCUUCGCAAACACGGGCAACAUGGUGGAGUAUCUCCAAAGUCAAGAGGACAAUAACGUCACUAAGCAUCUCUUCGUAGGCCACGUGAUCUCGAAUGUGGGGCCCAUUCGACACACAGGGAGCAAGUACUAUGUCCCUGUUCAGGUGCAUGAGUCAGAGUCAUACCCCCCUUACUGUGGGGGUGGAGGCUUCCUCCUGUCUGGCUACACAGCCCAAGUCAUAUACAAAAUGUCCAAGUCCAUUACCAUUCUUCCCAUUGAUGAUGUUUACAUGGGAAUAUGUCUGGCCAAAGCAGGACUUGCACCUUUUUCCCAUAUGGGAGUGAAGACGGCAGGGCUGUACAUCCCCUCCAGCAAACUAGAUGCUCAUGACCCUUGCUAUUAUAGAGAAGUUUUAUUGGUGCACAGAUUCCUGCCACAUGAGCUGUAUCUCAUGUGGCAGGGAAUACAUGACCCUACUCUGAAAUGUAUGACUUUUUAAUGUCUGUGCCUGGUGUAUUUUAAGGAUUAGAGUUACUGGCACUACUGUUUUGCACUUUGCAUCCUGCACUUUUUCAUGGGAGAGGGUACAGAGUGACUUGGACUUAAAGGAAAAGUCUGAGUCACUUAAAAGUGCCAUACCAGUGAUUUUGCAUGUUUAGCAUGAUAUCUACAAAAUGUGUAAGCUCCAUCCA